AUGGUAGACGGACGGUCGGUUUUCGCUGUCGAAUUAUUCAUUUUGAAUUUCAUCGGCAACUUUGGAAACCUCCACGUUCUUUACUUAACUAUUAAACGACCAGAACUUCGAGGAAAAUCAGGUGAAACUUGAAUCCAUUAACUAAAGCUCGCCUUGGAGGUGAAGCUACCAAAAUUAAUACAGUAAUCUCAAAAAAAAAAACUAUACUUUUCAGGCCUCCUGCAGUGUAUAUUAUCAACCAGCCAUGCGAUUUGUCUAAUUUCUCAACUUCCAAACGCGACUUUAUACCUUUUGGGUGUGAAACUAAUCCGACAUCACUGUUUUCGAAUGAUCAUUCCCUACAUUUUUUUUAUCAACUUCCAAUGUGUGAUGAUGCUGAUGAUGUUGCUAGACAUCGUUUUUCUUCUAAUCGCCCCACUAAAGUAUGUUUUUUCUGUACUAAAAUUGAAAAGUGUGUCAAACUUAGGUACAAGCAAAUGAGUACCCGUAAAUUUUUGGCUACGAUGCUGGUGCUUCCAGUGUUAUGUGGUUUAUACUUCUUAGUUCGUGGAGCAACGACUUCCGAUGGAGAAGAAGUGCAUUUCUGCACCCCUCCCACAGGAGGUUCGACUUGAAAUUUUCAAUGUUCUGUGAGAAAUUUUAGUGGGCACUUCAGGGUUUGGACGUUUAAGGGGCCACAUUAGCAGUUGAAUUAGUAAUUACUUGAGAGAUUAAAAUUUGGUGGCCUUUUUUGGAUUCUUAUUGGUGCUACUCAAAAUCUGGUUUCAAAAACUGCCGAGGGGCUUUGUGAAAAAAGUUAUGGACCCUCAAAAGUCGAAAAUUUUAGUGUUUUCGAUUGAGCUUAUUUUUGAUUGAGCUUGUUCAGUGUUUCCGAUUGAGCUUAUUUUUGAAGCGUCUUUAGAUCUUGUCCAGGCUUCAAAAAUUUUUUUGAGAAAAAUGUAAUAGUUUUUGUGACUAGAGGCCGAAUGCAAUAAAGGGGAAAAUAGUUUUCCGCCAUUUUCCUGAUUAGUCUUUUUUAGACUGAAAUUUUUUCUUCUCUAUCAGAAUCUUCUUUUUAACAAGAUUUGAGAUCAGCGUGAAAAACUACAUCUAGAAAACUUGGUCUCAUUGAGAGAUCCCACUGCGACCCGAGACCAUUCCCUGGUAAGCCGCAAAAUAGUGGCUUUUAUAGAAGUGCUUAAGGUGGCCAUGUUAGUUUCCUUUGAAAGUAGCCCUCGAGGAACCUCUUAAGGGACCAAUGAAGUUUUUCCUAAUUUUUCACUAUUAUGGCAUCUUUUCCAGCGUUGACCAAGUCUGUUAGUAUCGAAUGGCUGGCGACGAUGUUAGCGACCAACACCGUGAUAGUCAUUGUUUAUUGCAUCACCUUCGCCCUACUACACUAUAUAGGUAAAUCAUCAACUUUACAGUGAUCCUUAAUAAUGAAAAAAUCCAGGGAAGAAAAAGAUGCUGGAAAAAGACAUGAGUCGAGUUGCAAGACGCCUAAAAGUCCUUCUAAUCGUCUACAUCUUCUCUUGGUACUUGAGUGUGUUAGGAGCCAAUUUUCUCCGCUUUCUCUUCGUUGGAGAAACCCUGGCGUUUCUUCAAAUCAAUAUGGUUCGUUCAGAAGUUCUAUCAUUCGCAGAAACAAUUUCCAGGGUAUUUUCGUAGAAGUUUGCUACUCACAGUCGUUCUACACGAUUAUGUGGCGAUCGAAAGAGUAUCGACGCGCUUUUUGCGACCUCUACCCAAGGAUCUUCAAUUAUUCUUCCCGUUCAAAAUCUCUCAUGACUGUUCCACUGUCCAAGUCUUCGAUUUCUCGGAAAAAGUCCCAACAGGCAGCAGGGAGAAUUGCCAAUUCUGUUAACUCCCAUUAAAAGGGCUAACAUUCACGUGUAAUUUUCAUCUUUAAAUUUGAUCUCAAAUGAAAAGUUCUGAAAUCGCCCUAUUCACAAUAUACGAAAAGCCAGAAAUAUAUAUUAUCCGGAGUUUUUCUUCCCAAAAGUCAAAUAAAUUUUUUUUCCUCGAUUAAAAAGGUUCAAUCCAGAUCUUUAAAAAAGUAAUUUAUAUUUCCUUUUUUUGACUUCUGUUGUCUGUAAGCUCCUACAACCUUAUUAUAUUUUUAAAAGAGGGGUGUUUAACCUUUUUUUAAAACCAUCAUAAAAUCCAGAAAUCCAAUUAUUUCUAUAAUCUUCUCUAUUUUUUUCUUUUGCAAGUGUCGUGUUCUUCGAAAAAAAGCCUAUCAAUUAACGUAGGUCUAGCUAUAAUCCAAUGCAAUAACACGGAAUUGUAGGAAAAAAACUAGUAAAAAUCGCCAUUCAAACACAACUUCUUCAAUUAAAAAAAUUAUUUUACCAUUGCGAUAGAAAAACAAGGGAAUCAUAGACUAUAAAUUACAAGGAAUAACAAUAGAUUUGUAUGAUCUAUAUAAAAGAAACCGGAAACCGCUCAUGAGAUGUAAAAAAAUGGCGUUCCAAGUGGUCCAGGAGUUUUAUACUUUAUACACUGGCGGUUUUGUUGACAGGUUUGUUGAAAUGUUAUUUUAAAAACGACUCUAAAAAAUAAAUUUUCCAAUUAAUAUUCAGGUACUCCUGUGAAAACAAGACCGAACUAGAAUGGUUUCAAACCGGAAUGAAGCGACCAAUAACUGGGUUAUAUCUCCUAAUUUCUGGAACACUUUUCGAGGUUUCUCUUUAAAAAACGAAGUUUCUAAGUUCAAUUAAGGCCGCCUAUUUCGUCAUUCUGUACGCCAUGAAGACGCCGGAACUUAUGAAGAACAACAGCUUGAGAAUCAUGUUCAUUAUUGGAUGUUACGAUGCCAUUUCUCUACUCGAAAACGCAUUCUAUCCUGGUUAUCAAUGUAUUGUCGGCGGGGUGUUCUGCACGCAUCCGCUCAGCAGCUUAUUUAUGGGCAACUUCGCUUUGAGUUAGUUCUUUUGAACAUUUUCUUGUGGCGAAUUCAAUCUGGAGCACAAAAUAAUACUGGGGAAUUUUUGGUUUAGUGUUUUGACGUUUUAAUGGCCUCUAUAGUAGUCGCUUUAGCGGCCAAUUAAUUGACAAAAAUUUAUUGGCCUCUUCAGGAGCCAUUAGACUACUAAAAACUACUGUAGUGGCCACUAAGACGUAAAGCAAUCUUUCUAGGGAGGCGGUUUCAGUGGCCACUUUCGUUUUUUCUCUAAACAGUUCUUGAGAGACCUCUUAAGGGGCCACUAAAGUUUUUCACAGUAUUUACAAAAUAAGAGGAAAACGCUUCAAAAACGUUGGGCUUUGUCCACAAUCCGGGAAAUUCUCCGAUAUUUUGAUAAAAUGUGAACUCUCCUUUCAGCUAUGUGGUUCGCUGCAAGCACGACUUGCGCCUACUUGGCUCUGGGUCGCUAUGGCGAUAUUACAGGCAACCGCUACAUUGCCGUGCUUUUCGAAGUUUCCACUGCUAAAUAAAAAAAAAAUCAGAGUUAAACUUCCAGAAUAAAAAUCGAGUUACAAUGGGCUUGGUGUUCAUACUGAUUUACGCAAUCGUCGGCGUCGGAAUGACUGACACCAUGAUGUUCAACACCGUUUACAUGGCUUAUCUAUUCAAUCCAAUGAAUGGAAAGGUUCCUUAUCAAACAAAUUUUUUUCUCAAAAUGUAUAAGUUCAAUGAAAUAUUAAUCAAGUAUAGAACUAAAAAAAUUUUUUUUUCAUCAUUUUUUUAUCCAAAGGAGCAAGAGGAACGGGAAAAAAACGCUGAACUGCUAUAUCGGCAAGUUUGAAAAAUUAUUCCAUAGAUGCUAUUUUUUUUUUUAGGAAAACCAGUUCUAAAACGCAAUCUUUAAGAAAAAAUGGUUUCCUUGUUUCGGGAAUAUUUAUUAGUAGAAUUAUUAUUAAAGUGUAUAUUUAAAGGCUGAAACCUACGAGUACUACAACCCCGUUCAAAUAUUCCAAAACAUAUUCGUUUUCUUCACCAUCACAACUCUUCAUAUAAUGAUCGUCCUUCGGAUUCGUCGAGAUGUUCAGACGUGGCAACAGAAUUCCUCGUUUCAAAGAAGUGUAUGUCAAUUUUUCUUUUUUGGAAAGAAGUUGAAAAUCCUUCAGGUUACUAUCCAGUCUCUACUGACCUCCAGCCUUUACGAUCUCUCAGCAAUGGCCUACACUUACAUAAACUAUUUUGUCGUUCCAGACUGGGUAAUCGUCGUCUGCCACCUUGGUUAUCAGCUUAGUAGCGGUAAAACAAAUUGGAAAGAGAAACAAAAAACGAUAUGAAAUCUGAUUCAGGCGUACCGUGCUUCAUCUACAUUUGUAUGAACAAGACGAUUCGCAAGAAUAUUAUCAAAAUGAUCUCAGGCGACGCCGCAAAAACUUCCAAAGUGUCUGUUUCUGCUCUUCAGUAAAUAAUGAACUUGUUCCUUUCAUUUAUAUGUUGUUCAUUGAAUAAAUUUUAUUUAUACUUCUGCGAGGAAAUGGAAAUUAAAAGAAAUCUUCAAAAAAUGAAUCGGGAGAAAAUUUUCUUGGAUCUUGAGCACUAUUGAUAGCGUUUUUAUUUUAAUUUAAAACUAUUCGAAAUUUUUUUGAUUUCGGAGCCUCAUGAAACUUCUAAUAUUUUUUUAAGCUGAAAAAUUUAAAAAUAUAGGAGAAUUAUCACUUCGAAAAGAAGAGCCCAGGAUUCUCCAAAGUUCUUCGAAUCGUAUCAUAUCUAUAGUUUAGCCUAAUCACAUCAUCUUUUUAAUGUGGGAUAUGUCAUUAUUGGAAAAAAGUCCCGUAGAUUAACGAUAUAUAGAAAACAAUACCUUGUCUGAUUGAUAUAAUAGUUAAAUGGCAAUAGAAGACAAUGGAAAUCGGCAUAAAUAACAUCCGAUAGUAAUAUGGGGCUAUAUAAUCUCGAACUCGUCCAUUUUCGUGAGUAGGACCGCAAAAUAAUGUUCGACCAUGUUUCCGAAUUAAUUACUCUAUAUUCGGGCGGCACUGUUGACAGGUAAGUUCAAAGAGUUUGAAAUUCAAAAACGGAGUUUUUUAGAUACUCCUGCGAGAAUAAAACCGAACAAGAAUGGCUUGAGACCGGCACAAGGCGUCCUUUUACUGGCAUGUACCUCAUCAUUUCCGGAACUAUUUUCGAGGCUCUCUUCAUCUUGAAAAUCCGUAACGGAUUCUGUUUCUAGGUUGCCUACGCCAUCAUCCUCUACGCAAUGAAAACGCCAGAACUGAUGAAAAACAGCAGUUUGAAAAUCAUGUUCAUUAUUGGGGUCUACGACGCGAUCUCCAUCCUCGAAAAUUCAUUCUAUCCCGGCUAUUUAUGCAUUGCCGGAGGGGUUUACUGUACUCAUCCGCUGACGAGUCUGUUCUUCGGGAAAAGCGCUUUAAGUUGGUUCUUUUUAAUUAAAAAAAUUUUAAAAAAAUAAAAAGCCUGCGUUUCAUUUCGAAUUACUAGCGCAAACCAACUAUUUUCAUAAAAAUAUUUAUAAGAAUCCAAUUUCAAUGAGUUGAUGGAAUACUUUUUAAAAAAAUGUUGAGAAAUGUUCAAAAAAAUUAAAAAAACAUAUUGAUGAAGUCUAUUUCAACUUGCUUUUUCAAUAAGUUUUUUUCAACCAAAGCCGUCGGUUAAUAGACAAAUUACAAAAAUUCAAAGGCUUCCAAAAAAAUUAUUUCCAGUCUUACAAAAAUUUCUUAAGCUUAUUUUUUUAAGCAAUAAAAAAAGUUGAGAAAAAAAUAUUGUAAAUAAAAUAUUAUUUUUUUAUCAAAAAAAUCAUCUUUUACAGCAAUGUGGUUCGUAGCAAGUACAACAUGCGCCUACUUGGCUCUUGGGCGAUAUGGCGAUAUUACGGGCAAUGAGUACAUCUCCAAACUGUUCGAAGUGAUUUCAAAAGUCCUUGGGAACAAAGUCCAUCACUGUUUUAGACCAAAACGCGUGUGAACAUUUGCCUAGUACUAAUCUGGGUCUACGCAGUUGUGGGCGUCUUUGUAACCGACACCAUGAUGUUCAGCACCAACUUAUUAGCCUACAUCUUCAACCCGGGGAAUGGAAAGGUCUGAACCAUGCUGGAAUUAUUCAAAAGAAUAAUGUUAAAGGCUGACGAGUAUGAUUUUUACAACGCGAUUCAAAUAUUUCAAAACAUGUUCGUCUUGGCUGUCAUCACAACUCUUCACUUGAUUAUUUGCCUUCGGAUUCGUCGAGACGUCCAAAUGUGGAACCAGAAUUCAUCUUUCCAACGAAGUGUAAGUCAAAUUCUGUCAAAAGAAUGAAAAAAAAGCUUGAUUAACAACUACACAGGCUUUUAUUCUUGUAAAUCAAUUGGUAACUUGACCGGCUUUAACAGCUUUUUUUUUUAACCAAGCGGAAAAAUUUCAAAAGUUGCUUGAGACCUCAAUAAAGACCCUUUCUUCAGAAAAAACACACUAAAAUCUAUUAUUUUCUCUCAAAAAUUUCCAGGUGACAAUACAAUCUCUUCUGACGUCUAGUAUCUACGAUAUUACGGCGUUGGGCUACACUUUCAUCAACUACUUCGAAGUACCUAGCUGGGUGAUCUUCACAGCUCAUAUUGGCUACCAACUGAGCAGCGGUAAAUGAAACAGAAAAUAUUUUGAAGAAAGAAGCUAGGCAAGUUAAAAAAAGAAACGAAAUUUUAAAAUAAUGCACUGUGAACAUUUCUUGUGAUCCCUCGAGAAUUUUGACGUUAUAGGGGCCGCUGUAGUAGUGGAUUUAGUUCCCUCUUAAGUGACAAAACUUUAGUAGCCUCUUCAGGAGUUUGAUGAUCACAUCAAAAUUUAUGUUGCGCUACUUUCUUUUCCUACUUCUUCAGCUCAAUUUUCACAUCAUCAUGAUUGAAAAAAAAUUCGGAACGUUUCUUUAGACUUGAAUUUGGCGUUCAGGCGCCCCAUGCUUCAUCUACAUCUGCAUGAACAAGACGAUUCGUAGAAACAUCGUCAAAAUGAUCUCCAGCGACGUUCAAAAAGUCUCUCACAUCAACAGCGUCUCAACGAAUCAUCAAAAUUAG